AGAGGCAGCACAGCGGCUGUGGUGGUGCAUACCGAAGCCCAAAUACAUGCCUGCAUUUCAAUUGUGUGUGGCAGCUCGUUGCAUACAGGGUUCGCUUGAGGGGGAGCUCGGAGUGUUUGGUUGAACACAGGGAUCUGACUGCUGCUUCGCUCACAACACCAGGUGGCCACGUUGCUCUGGUAAAACCUAGAUAAGAUGUCUCAUCGGAGUGGGCAAGAGGACCCAGAGCGGUACCUGUUUGUGGACCGGGCUGUGGUUUACAACCCGGCCACGCAGGCUGACUGGACGGCCAAGAAGCUGGUGUGGGUCCCAUCUGAGCGCCAUGGCUUUGAGGCGGCCAGCAUCCGGGAGGAGCGUGGCGAGGAGGUGUUGGUGGAACUGGCAGAGAACGGUAAGAAGGUGGUCAUCAACAAGGACGACAUCCAGAAGAUGAACCCGCCCAAGUUCAGCAAGGUGGAGGACAUGGCGGAGCUCACCUGCCUGAAUGAGGCGUCUGUGCUGCACAACCUGAAGGACCGCUACUACUCUGGACUCAUAUAUACAUACUCUGGCCUUUUCUGUGUGGUCAUCAACCCCUACAAGAACCUGCCCAUCUAUUCAGAGAACAUCAUAGAGAUGUACAGAGGGAAGAAGAGGCACGAGAUGCCGCCACACAUUUAUGCCAUCUCUGAGUCUGCAUACCGCUGCAUGCUUCAAGAUCGUGAGGACCAAUCAAUCCUUUGCACAGGUGAAUCUGGUGCUGGCAAGACCGAGAACACGAAGAAGGUCAUCCAGUACCUGGCCCACGUUGCCUCCUCACACAAAGGACGCAAAGACCACAACAUUCCUCCCGAAUCUCCCAAAGCAUUCAAGCUACAGGGUGAGUUGGAACGGCAGCUCCUGCAAGCCAACCCCAUCCUCGAAUCUUUUGGCAAUGCCAAGACAGUGAAAAAUGACAACUCAUCCCGCUUUGGGAAGUUUAUCAGAAUCAACUUCGAUGUCACUGGCUACAUUGUUGGGGCCAAUAUUGAAACCUAUCUUCUGGAAAAGUCAAGGGCCAUUAGACAGGCCAAAGAUGAGAGAACCUUUCACAUUUUCUACCGCCUGCUGGCAGGAGCUGGAGAGCAUCUUAGAACGGACCUGCUCCUCGAAGGCUUUAACAACUACCGUUUCCUAUCAAAUGGUAACAUUCCCAUCCCGGGCCAGCAGGACAAGGACAAUUUCCAGGAGACAAUGGACGCCAUGCACAUCAUGAGCUUCUCCCAUGAUGAGAUUGUCUGCAUGUUGAAGGUGGUCUCUGCAGUGCUACAGUUCGGCAACAUUGUCUUCAAAAAGGAGAGAAACACCGACCAAGCCUCCAUGCCUGAGAACACAGCGGCACAGAAGCUUUGCCACCUGCUCGGAAUGAAUGUUAUGGAGUUCACUCGAGCUAUCCUCACCCCGAGGAUCAAAGUGGGACGUGAUUAUGUGCAGAAGGCGCAGACCAAAGAACAGGCUGACUUUGCUGUUGAAGCUCUGGCCAAGGCAACAUAUGAGCGGCUGUUCCGCUGGCUGGUCCACCGCAUCAACAAGGCCCUGGACAGGACCAAACGACAGGGGGCGUCUUUCAUUGGCAUCCUGGAUAUCGCUGGCUUUGAGAUCUUUGAGCUGAACUCAUUUGAACAGCUGUGCAUCAACUACACUAACGAGAAGCUGCAGCAGCUCUUCAACCACACCAUGUUCAUCCUGGAGCAGGAGGAGUAUCAGAGGGAGGGAAUCGAGUGGAGCUUCAUCGACUUCGGCCUCGACCUGCAGCCCUGCAUCGACCUCAUUGAGAGACCAACUAAUCCCCCUGGUAUUCUGGCUUUGCUGGAUGAGGAGUGCUGGUUUCCCAAGGCAACAGACAAGACAUUUGUAGACAAAGUGCUGCAGGAGCAGGGCACACACACCAAGUUUCAGAAGCCACGUCAGCUGAAGGACAAAGCUGACUUCUGCAUCAUCCACUACGCAGGGAGAGUGGACUAUAAAGCCGAUGAAUGGCUUAUGAAGAACAUGGAUCCUCUGAAUGACAAUGUCGCAACGCUGCUGCACCAGUCAACCGACAAGUUUGUGGCUGAGCUUUGGAAAGAUGACAUUCAGACGUUUCAGAGAGCCUCUUUCUAUGACAAUGUGUCUGGGCUCCAUGAAGCUCCAGUUGACCGGAUUGUGGGUCUGGACCAGGUUGCAGGCAUGAAUGAGACAGCGUUUGGUGCUGCCUACAAGACCAAGAAGGGCAUGUUCCGCACCGUGGGGCAGCUGUACAAGGAGCAGUUAUCCAAACUGAUGGCCACGCUGAGGAACACCAAUCCCAACUUUGUCCGCUGUAUCAUCCCUAACCAUGAAAAAAGGGCUGGUAAACUGGACCCCCACCUGGUUCUGGACCAGUUGAGGUGUAAUGGUGUGCUGGAGGGGAUCCGUAUCUGCAGACAGGGCUUCCCCAACCGCAUCGUCUUCCAGGAAUUCAGACAGAGGUAUGAGAUCCUCACUCCAAACGCUAUUCCCAAGGGUUUCAUGGAUGGCAAGCAGGCCUGCGAGAGAAUGAUCAAAGCAUUGGAGUUGGACGGAAAUCUCUUCCGUAUCGGCCAGAGUAAGAUCUUCUUCAGGGCUGGAGUCCUGGCUCACUUAGAAGAAGAGAGGGACCUGAAGAUCACCGACAUCAUCAUUUACUUCCAGGCCGUCUGUCGAGGAUAUCUGGCACGCAAGGCCUUUGCUAAGAAGCAGCAGCAGCUCAGCGCACUAAAGGUUCUUCAGAGAAACUGUGCCGCCUACUUGAAGCUGCGUCACUGGCAGUGGUGGAGACUCUUCACUAAGGUGAAGCCCCUGCUGCAGGUGACCAGGCAGGAGGAGGAGAUGCAGGCUAAAGAUGAGGAGCUGGUCAAAGUGAAGGAGAAGCAGAUGAAGGUGGAGGGAGAGCUGGUGGAGAUGGAGAGGAAACAUCAGCAGUUAAUGGAAGAGAAGAACAUCCUAGCAGAGCAGCUGCAGGCGGAGACAGAGCUGUUUGCAGAGGCUGAGGAGAUGAGAGCUCGCCUGGCUUCCAAAAAGCAAGAGCUGGAGGAGAUUCUGCAUGACCUGGAGUCCAGACUGGAAGAGGAAGAAGAGAGGACCCAAGGCCUGCAGACCGAGAAGAAAAAGAUGCAGUCCCAUAUCCAGGAUCUGGAAGAACAGCUGGAUGAAGAAGAGGCUGCCAGACAGAAGCUGCAGCUGGAGAAAGUGACAGCUGAAGCUAAAAUGAAGAAAUACGAAGAGGACAUUUUGCUACUAGAGGACCAGAACUCUAAGUUUCACAAGGAGAAGAAGCUGUUUGAGGACAGAAUCAAUGAGGUGACUUCCAUGCUAGCUGAAGAGGAAGAGAAGGCAAAGAACCUGGGCAAGGUCAAGAACAAGCAGGAGAUGAUGAUGGUCGAUCUGGAGGAGAGACUGAAGAAAGAAGAGAAGACCCGCCAAGAGCUAGAGAAGGCUAAGAGGAAGCUGGAUGGAGAGACAUCCGACUUUCAGGACCAGAUAGGCGAGCUACAAUCCCAGAUAGAAGAGCUUAAAGGUCAGCUGGGCAAGAAAGAAGAGGAGCAGCAGAUGAUGCAGGCUAGGGGUGAAGAAGAGGUCAGCCACAAGAACAAUGCUCUGAAACAGGUCAGGGAGCUGCAGGCCCAGCUCUCUGAGCUGCAGGAGGACCUCGAGUCGGAGAAACAGGCCAGGAACAAAGCUGAGAAACUCAAGAGGGACUUGAGUGAAGAACUUGAAGCCCUCAAGACUGAACUGGAAGACACUCUCGAUACAACUGCAGCCCAGCAGGAACUUAGGACCAAGCGUGAACAGGAGGUCGCAGAGCUGAAGAAAGCCAUUGAGGAGGAGACUAAAAACCAUGAGGCUCAGAUCCAGGAGAUGCGACAGAGGCACGGCACUGCCUUGGAGGAGCUGUCUGAACAGCUCGAACAGGCCAAGAGGUUCAAGGCUAACCUGGAAAAGACCAAACAGAGCCAGGAGACUGCUAACAAGGAGCUGGCCAGCGAGGUCAAGAGUCUGCAGCAGGCGAAGACGGAGUCCGAGCACAAGAGGAAGAAGCUGGAGGCUCAGCUGCAGGAGUUCAUGGCCAGGGUCACCGAGGGAGAGAGGACCAAGGGAGAACUGGCUGACCGCUCACACAAACUGCAGACUGAGUUGGACAAUGUGUCCACCAUGCUGGAAGAUGCAGAGAGGAAAGGGAUCAAGAUGGCCAAAGACGUUGCUGGACUCGAGAGUCAGCUACAGGACACACAGGAGCUGCUCCAGGAGGAAACACGUCAAAAGCUAAAUCUCAGCAGUCGUAUUCGUCAGCUGGAAGAGGAGAAAAAUGCUCUGCAGGAGCAGCAGGAGGAGGAUGAGGAGGCACGCAAGAAUCUAGAGAAGCAGAUGUUGACCGUACAGGCUCAGCUGUCAGAGAGCAAGAAAAAGCUUGAGGAUGAUGUUGGAACAAUAGAAGGCCUGGAGGAGGUGAAGAAGAAGCUGCAGAAGGACCUGGAGCUGACCGGCCAGCGUCUGGAAGAGAAGACCAUCGCGUUUGAGAAGAUGGAGAAGACAAAGACCCGUCUGCAGCAGGAGCUGGAUGAUCUCACCGUAGACUUGGAUCACCAGAGACAGAUCGUCUCCAACCUGGAGAAGAAACAGAAGAAGUUUGACCAGAUGUUGGCUGAGGAGAAGAGUAUCUCAGCUCGUUAUGCUGAGGAGCGCGACCGUGCUGAAGCUGAGGCCAGAGAGAAGGAGACCAAAGCGCUGUCCAUGACCAGAGCUCUGGACGAGGCACUGGAGGCCAAAGAGGAGCUGGAGAGGGUCAACAAGCAGCUCCGUGCUGAAAUGGAAGAUCUGAUGAGCUCAAAGGACGACGUGGGCAAAAACGUCCACGAGCUGGAGAAGUCCAAACGUACUCUGGAGCAGCAGCUGGAGGAGAUGAAGACUCAGCUGGAGGAGCUGGAGGACGAGCUGCAGGCCACGGAGGACGCCAAGCUGCGUCUGGAGGUCAACAUGCAGGCCAUGAAGGCCCAGUAUGAGAGAGACCUCCAGGGCCGCGACGAUCAGAACGAUGAGAAGAAGAGAGCGCUGGUCAAGCAGGUGCGAGAAAUGGAGGCAGAGUUGGAGGACGAGAGGAAGCAGAGAGGUUUGGCUGUAGCUGCUAAAAAGAAGCUGGAGAUGGACUUGAAGGACAUAGAGGGUCACAUAGAAGGAGCCAACAAGGCCCGAGACGAAGCCAUCAAACAGCUGCGCAAGUUACAGGCCCAAAUGAAAGACUAUCAGAGGGAGUUGGAAGAUGCCCGAGCCUCCAGAGAUGAUAUUUUUGCCAUUUCUAAGGAAAAUGAAAAGAAACUCAAGAGUCUGGAAGCUGAGAUCGUACAGCUGCAUGAGGACUUGGCAGCAUCUGAGAGAGGUCGGCGCCACGCGGAGCAGGAACGGGACGAGCUGCAGGAUGAAAUCUCAAACAGCACCUCUGGAAAGUCUGCUCUGAUGGAUGAGAAGAGGAGGCUGGAGGCUCGUAUUGCCCAGCUGGAGGAGGAGCUGGAGGAGGAGCAGGGCAACAUGGAGCUGCUCAAUGACCGCUUCAGAAAGACAACCAUGCAGGUGGAUACUCUGACUACAGAACUGAGUGCAGAGCGCAGCACGGGCCAGAAAAGCGAAAACGCUCGUCAGCAAUUAGAACGUCAAAACAAGGAGCUCCGGGCCAAGCUGGGCGAACUGGAGGGCUCUGUGAAGAGCAGAUUCAAGGCCUCCAUCACUGCCCUGGAGGCCAAGAUAGCACAGCUGGAGGAACAGCUGGAGCAGGAGGCCAAGGAGCGAGGAGCAGCCAACAAGAUCGUGAGGAGAACCGAGAAGAAGCUAAAAGAAAUCUGCAUGCAGGUGGAAGACGAGCGUCGCCAUGCCGACCAGUUCAAAGAGCAAGUGGAAAAAGCCAACUCUCGUAUGAAGCAGCUGAAGCGUCAGCUGGAGGAGGCUGAGGAGGAGGCGACGAGGGCUAACGCAUCUCGCAGGAAACUCCAGAGGGAGCUGGAUGAUGCCACCGAGGCCAGCGAGGGUCUCAGCCGUGAGGUCCACACACUCAAGAAUCGCCUCAGGCGUGGUGGACCCAUCAGCUUCUCCUCCAGUCGCUCCGGCAGACGUCCGCUGCAGGUGGAGGGAACGACUUCCUUGGACCUGCUGUCUGACGACGAGCUGGAAAACAAGAUCACCGACAACAAUGCCAACGAGACGCCAGCUCCCCAGCCGGAGUAGAAGAGAAGAAGCCUCAACCUUUGCUCUCCCACCUUCACACCACUCAGCCACAACAGACAUAUCCAGACUCCCCCAGCUCUCAGCCCUCUGCCCACUUCAGCACUUAAAUUAUGUCCCUAACAACUUCCUGUUUGAGUAGACCGUUCUCUCCAAACCACACACAGCAAGAUCAAAACAUGGAAACCCCAUAUUCCUCCACCAGCAGUUGGACCUUCUCUUUACCUCCCCCUUCCUUAAGGUUAUAAGAAGCACUACUCUGCCUUACCCCUCCGCAUCGAGCUGCAGGGCUGUAUAGAAGCAACAUGCAUUGAGUUUGGACUCUCCCUCUAAUCCCUGCACACAUUAGAAAUCAGUAACCGUUUUCUGAUUGAGGUCUGCUCAUAGUUCAGCGGGUGCACAUGUGUCUGGAUGAUAACAAUCUCUUCUGCUGGACCAGUAUUUAGCUGUUUAAAAUGCUUCCAAAUGCGAAAACCAAUAGCACUGCAAUAUUUGAACGGAGCAGAUUAUGAUGAAAGCAAGUACCCCUCUGACUUUAUUUUAUCUUCAAUAUAAAGUAUCUCCGUCAUAGGAAUCAGUUUAGUUAUGUUAGUUGGACUGUAACUGAAUAGUAUUUUUCCAGUCCGAUGACGGGACUGUUUGCUUGCAUUUGAGUAUAGAAAUGUGACUGUAAACUGCCUUGUUGCUAAGAAGCGUUGCUCUUUGACCAGUAUUGAAUUCUCAGAUGUUUUGACAGUAGGUCUCUGUUGACUUGUAAUUAUUUAGUGUGAGCGCUAAAAGCAGCAAUCGCACUCGUGUUCUGUUGCUUUCUUCUUCUUCUUCUUCUGUGCCUUUUAUCGCUCACUUGAAACUCAAAAACCCAUUUACGCCACAUAUACUGUUCAUAUACUGAACCAUUUCAUGAAAGUAUUUUCAUAAAAUUCCAUAUAUGAUGAACUAUUAGCAAGAAAUCUGACUUUCUUUGAAAUGUACGUCUUCCUGCGGCUUUUGUGUUGCCACGAUGAUUGAUAUGUCGACCGUGCGGGACUCUUUGUAGAUGGGUGCUAUGACUUUUCUUAUGGAUAACUUUUAUACUUUUUGAGUUAUUAAGAUUUAAAAACAAUCCAAUAGACAUUGACUGUAUUUAUAUCUCUGCUAUUGUAUACAAUGCAAACUUCAUUCAUAUUUCAAAAUGCCCAGUAUUGCACAUUGAUCGACUGUACUUUUGCUCAAUAUCGUGACAUAAACAGUUUAAGAGUCAUUAGGAGUUACAGAAUGCAUUAAAGUCUAUGGAGCCCAAUUAUCUCCAAUUGUCUGUAA